AAUCCUUUUUAUUAUAAAGAUUGCAUUUUUAUUACAACCCAUAAAAAACCUCAUGAGUUCUUCUAUCACAUUCUCACUUGUCUUCUUUCUCCUUUCACUCAAUCUAACUUUUUCAUUACCGUCUAAACGCAACAGCUAUGUUCAAAACGCGUGUAGCGUUACACGCUACCAAGAUCUCUGCGUUCAAACGCUAAGGCAGUUUUCAUCGGUCGCCAAGAACAGCCCCAGCAAAUGGGCACGUGCAGGCGUUUCCGUGGCCAUAUCCGACAACAAAGAUGUUCUUAGAUACCUUCUCAAAACGCGGCGUUCAGCGUUCGGGAAACGCGACCGCGUCGCUUUGUCAGAUUGUCGUGAAUUGCUUCAAGACUCUCUUGAUAAUCUCCACAAGUCCUUAGCCGUGCUCCGGAAACUCCGAGCCAGUGAGUUUCAGCAGCAGAUGAGUGAUCUUGGCACGUGGCUUAGCACUGCCCUCACGGAUAAGGACACGUGUCUUGAUGGGUUUGAAAAGACGUCGACGAAGUCAUCAUCAACGGUCAGGAUGGUCCAGGAUAGAGUCACUACGUCUCUGUAUUUGUCCAGCAAUUCCCUCGCACUCCUUAACAAGCUAGCGGCUGAUGGCUCAUGAGUAAUUAAUCUCAUACAGCUUUAAUUUCCAUGUUUAUGUAAAAUCCAUUAUUAAUAACGUUAUUUACGGUUGAAUACUAUGCUUAUUGAGACACGUAAAUGUACGGUUUCUUUUGCAAAAACUAGCACUUUUUUUUAAAGUCCACUUUUUUCUAAAGCACUUUUUCUACUUAUUUUAUGUCACUUCCAAGUUUUAAACUAAUAAUAACACC